GGCGGAACCCUCUGGAAAAAAACGUAGCACCAGUCUAUGAGAUCCUGUUUUAAGUGAUAUAGGCGUUUUAUCGGCUCAAAAAAACAUCUGAUGAUGGAUAACAAUAUAAGAAAUCUUAUCCACGUUGCUUUAGAAGAAAAUAACUUUAAUUCGUUAAAUGAAGCAUAUUCAAAACUGAAGAAGGAGCGCCAGUCGCCAAGCGACAAGAUCGAUGCAGUGUCACCAGAUCUCUUCACUCUUUGCGCUGAAACGGCAUUUAAACUUGGUCUACGAGAUAUGGCAGAAGACUGUAUCAAGAUGUUUUUUAUGAAGACACCUCCAUCUAACCAGUUUUUAUGUAGAACUUAUCUUUGUCAAGCGCAGCUCAGUGUUCCAACAUCUCCAAAGAAAGCUGAGCAGCUGGACAAAGCUGUUGAUUACAUUCUAAAAGCAAUCAACUUUGCUAGAAAAAAUCCAAGGUAUUACUUUCUGGUAUAUAAUGCAUCAGUAUUGUACUGGCAAUUCUGUCGUCCUUUCCUCAAGCCCAGUUUUCGUCAGUACUUGGCAAGAAGUCUUCACCAGGUCGUUAAGGCUCUGGAUGACAUUGAUGAUAAAGAUUAUGACUGGAGAGCACAGCUGAUGAUAGCUCUUAUAGAGUGUCAUGUCGACGCUGGACGUAAAGAAGAUGCAGUUCAAGUCAGCAAUGCCACACUAUCGUUCACCAAGAGUUAUGUCCCUACUCUGUACACUACUGUACUGGGUUUGCAGGCAAGUAGAAGCAUGACCAACCUAUCACAUCAAUCACAUCAGUCCAUCCAUCAAUGAUGGUUAUAUAAUUUUCUCCCUUAUCUCAAUAUUAUUGUAAGUGUUUUGGAGGCAGGAGAAAAAGUAGACAUCCACCAAGAGCUGGGAAAGAUCUACAAGAUGAUAGUGAAAGGAGGAUUAGAUACAGACAGAUCUAGUACUGAGAUGUCUAACACACCUGUCAGCAAUUUUGCCAGCUCACCGAUGGCUAAUGGAGUAUCUGACAAGGUGCCCCUUYUGAUUGAUCUAACAAGGCUUUGCCUAGAAAAUGACUGCCACGAACUUGCAGCAGAUUGUUUGGAAAUCUUAAAAGGACCCACAUGCAUAAAGGAUAAAGCUACGUCAUUUGAAGUAGAGUUUAUGAAGUUUGAUUUGAUGGUGAAAUCUCUUGGAAACAAGAAAGAAAAUUACAGCAAAAAUGUAGUUGAGACAAGACUGCAGGCAAUCAAGAAACUGGAACAGUAUCUGAUCACAGCUUCAAGGCUUGGGAAUCCAAAUGUAAUUCAGGCUGGUUGUGUCACAUUAUGGAAUUUGUCCCUGCCAUUGCUACAGCCAAACUUGAGACACCACGUGCGCAAGCCAUUAACCUUAGUCGCACAAUUGCUGGAGGAUAUUGAUAGCUUAAAAGCUAUGAAUUUAUCACAGAAAUUGGCUCGUUCCAGUGACGAUUCCAGUACUGUCCGCAUGAAGCGAGCUUCUUUAGUCAAAGCAGGAGAAGCCCUAUCGCCUGAUGCAUUCGUGCAGGUCCUUGAUAGUGAAAGCGACACUAAAGAUCCAUCCUCUACUAAAGGCCCUCCCACCCUACUCAGCAAACUAGGUGGCAGAGCUUCUCAGUAUCAGAAAGCUGUUAGUAAAGCAGAUGGACAUCUGAAGAGACUGGGCAAUGAAAAUGACCAAGAAAGAGUUCGUAUUUGGGUGGAUCUUGCCAAAACGGCACGUAAACAACACGUAUGGGAUGUGACGAGGGUGGCUGCUCGAUUCUGCUUGCUUUAUGACAACGGGCGUUGGUCAAAAAGAGGAGCUAGCGGAAGGAGUAACAUACAGUCUGAUUCUGAUGUAGCAGAAGACCGGUCUGUUGUCGGGACAACCAAGUCUCCUGCACCGGAAAAACGUGUUUCUGGCGAUUCAAACAAGCUCGACCCCACAGGGAUGAAGUUACUACAUCCUGAGGGCAUGACACCAUUCAAGAAAGAGCAAGAUAUCAUAAGGAACCUGGCGGAAGUACAUUUUAUUUAUGCAGAGGGAUUAGUACAUCUUCUAAGAAAAGAAGGAGUUCAACUUGGAGAUUUUCCUGUACCUCCUGAAGAAACGGUUAAAUUACGACCCAAACGUUACGAUGAUCAACAGCUGAACGUUCAAGAGCAACCUGAAUGGGUGACAUAUUGCAAAUGGAUUGAAUCAUUAUCAGCAGAAGCCAUCUACUCUUUUCAGCGUGCGGCAGAGUUGGGUGUAGAAUUGAACGAGCCUUGGCUCAUUUGUAACUCGGCUGUGUACCUGUGGAAUUACACCAACCAUAUUCUUACCCAAGGACGAUUCRAAGAAAUCGUUCCUAUCUAUACACCAGUAUUGGAGGCUAUGAAAACUACAGGCCAUGCUGGUGAAACAGAAUUGAUGUGUAGGUUAAGUAAUGCUAUUGCACAGGGUCUAAUGCAGCCAUGGAUCCCAGCAUUACCUACCCAGUCUGAUACUACAGGCAAAGAGAAGACAGACAAGCAACAACCUGAGAAGCCAGCUAAGGGCAGGCAGAGUGGAAAAGGAACAAAAGGCGUUUCGUCUAAGACAAAUGUUCCGAAUGUUUCUGUUGACCCUGAAGGAACUGGAGAUCUUAAGAAAGCUGUUGAUCUGUUGGAGUUUAUGAUGACUUUAACAAACGGCAACGAUCCAAAUAACUUGGUUCCUAUUGCUUUAAGACACCCUCUGAUCAAAAGCUGGGUCUUUUGUAAGCAGUUAUUGAGCCAACCAAUCCCUAAGAAUCUUGGCCAUGAUGAUGAGAAUACUCACAGUCAAGGGCCGAUGUCGAAAGCCUUAUGUGCAGUUGAGAUGGUUUCUCUACAGGGAAAUGGUUUGCCAGAACUGCAGCCAUGUCCAACUUUACCCGAGAUUGUGAAAAUGGUAGAGACAAGUACGUGGAGUGAUCGUUUGGUUGAACUAGAGAUUUGGAGUAGACUGGCUGUACUCGCUUAUAAAAACGACAAUCAUUCUCUUGUUAUGCACUGUGGAGAGAAAACUAUGGCAUUUGCAGCGAGUGACCAAUGUUUAGCCAACAAGCAUCCCAAGAAAAUGGACAGUGUAUUCAAGCACAAGGUGGUGGUCGAACAAGAAAUGUUGUACUUCGCUAGUGUAGUAAUGGGACAAAGUCUAAUCAGGAACAUGCAAGGAAGGAAUGAAAUACGCAGAGACGCUCUUGUUUGUUUUGUCAAUGCCUGCAGGUUUGGGCAGCAAGCAAGUAAUUACGAACUAGUUAUUACGGCUGCCCGCCACUACUGGAAUGCUAUAAAGCCAUUUAUUAGUGAGCCAAUAGAAAGAGAGCUUUUGAAGGAUCCACUGGAAGCUGUUCUUGGAUGCAUAGCUGCAGUGGCGGAAAAAACCAUGGGUAAAGAAGACGAGGAAGAAGAUGAAACUGAUGCACCAACUGAGACGAAAACUGCUUCAAAACCAAAAUCAGUCAAAAGUAACAAGGCAGGAAAAGACAAGAAAGACAAGGAAAAGUCCUCUGACAAAAAGAAAGACAAAGCAAAAGUGGAUAAGAAUAAAAUAGGUAAAAGUGGUAAGGUAGAUUCUUCAGAUGGUAAAGGUACCGAAGGAAAACAAGACCAAGAAAGCAAAACUGCAUCUUUACCAAGUGCUUUUGAUGAAGAGCUAAUGAUGAGAGCUGCAAUGUAUGGCGUUCUGUUUCAGGCAUACGCUGAUAAGUGUGACUGGAAACAAGGUUUACGAGCAAUGGAUCAAGCAGUCAAGGACAUGCCCAGAACACAUCACAGAUUGUUGAUAUUCAAGCAUCGUGUGAUUACAAAUGCUAAGCUUGGAAGGAAUGUAUUAUUUGACAUGGGAAAAUUCAAGAACGAAAGUGAUGACGUCAUAUCAUCCAUGUGGAGGCACGUGGCGCUAAACUCCAAGGAUCCACUGGACCAACUCACUGCUUAUCAGAAUGCAAUAGAAGUGCUGGAGAGUCCAGAAAGUGAUUGGCAGAAAGUAGAGUAUCUUGUUGAGUUUGGUGAAUGGCUGUUUGUUAACGAAUACCCGAAAACUGAUGCUAUGGAUCAGUUCCUUUGGGCAGCUGAUAUACUGAUUAACAAGACAUCAAAGGAAGGCGUAUCUCCCACUCUAGAAAGAGAAGGAGACGGUAUGAGUGACACCAGCAGCCCAAAUGCAACCAAAUAUGUUCCUCGUCGACGUGAGUCAGUGAUUGGUCAACGGCCAUCUGAAAUCGCUAUUAAAACAGAAGAAAUGACCGAUGUACGUCAGCUGGAGACGCUGUGUCGUAUUCACGUUAUGUUGGCUCAAGUGGCUGGUAGAUCAUCACCACACUAUGCAGACUAUAUCUUGAUUUCCAGCGGAUUUGUUCACCGAAUACUUGAGAUAUCAAUCCACUCGGCUGAAAAAAUGAUCCGUGAAGGUGGAAAACCAGGUGAACGAGCUCCUUCCAAGAAAGGCAAAGACAAGAAAGAGUCUCAGAGUAAAUCUGAAAAGGCCGGCUCCAGAUCCUGUCUGCCUUUAUCGAUGGAGGCUUGGUCGACGUUCGAACUACCAGAGAAGCUUCAAGAGUACUUCAAACAAGACAUCACAGGGUCAAUGAUCAGCAAAAACAGCAUCAAAAAACCGAUGCUGGCAAUGUACUACCUAAAUACACUAGUUAAUGAUCUCGGUGAGCUAGGUUAUCAUCAGCUGGGGCUACCUGUGUUAGUCAUGUCACAAGUCAUAGCGGAUUUGAUACUGGAGCAAGAACAUCUUCAGCGACUUGUUCACCUCAGGAUAAUGCAGCUGUGUCAGCAGCUGAACCUCUUGUCUGGUGCCUCCCUCCAUGAAAGACUUACCGGGAACUUAUACCUAACAGAACAAGAACAGGCAAAGUCUCGUGAGGAGAUCGAGAUUUGGAAGGAAAAGCAAAGGCAAGUCAGUAUUGAAGAAGAGCGUACCAGAGCAACUAAAAGCAUCAUAUUUGAUCACAAGCCCAGUAACCUUGACAACAGAUCACGUGGUCCUGGAUUAGCGAACAGUGACGUAGAGUAUGAACCCUGGAAUAAGUACAAAACGGUGAUAAGUGGCGUUAAAAACAGAGAAGUGUGGACUGCUCAGGCUGAAAUACUUAUAAACCAGGGUCAUUACCAAGUUGCAAGACAGCUACUAUACGAAGCCAACAUAUCGGCCAGGGCAUUUGAAGACCAUUCCACACUAGCAAAGAUCUUGGUACAGCUAGCUGUUCUUGCUCUUGCCGAGUCUAACUGGGGUCAGGCAAUAUCCUUCCUUAAAGAAGCGCAGGUUUGUUAUCGACAUGUUUCUUUUUAUAGUUUACAUUUUAUAAAGGCGCUCUGUAAUGUUUUGUAUUAAGUUUAGACUGCUUUAUACGCAUGAAAGGUMAUUAGUAAUAAAUAUAGAUCACUACCGCAAUUUCUAUACGCCCUUUUUCUAUACGUCUUUUACGUCUAUGUCCGGUUCAAAAGAUGGAACCUUAGAAUAAAAACAAGAUCAAAUAGAAUGAAGAAUGAAAAUCAAACACUAAAUGCUAACCAAUCUCCUGCUACUUCCAACCAACAUCGUACAGCAUAGGUCUGUUAAACUGAAAAUAGCAAGAAGGUCCGCCUGUUCGUUUGGCUAAUUCUAACCUCAAACUAUAGUUACCU